AAACGUGGGUGGCUGAAAACAGGUCAGAGAGGUGUGGAGAAUUAAAGUAAUAGGCUGCUGGAAACUCUGGUGAGCUUUGCUGACUGAGCAGUGGUGUUGAUUGAAAGUAAUAGGAGAUGAUGUUGGGGCACCAGCUUCCCAGGACCAGAGCUUUUGUUCAAAAGGCUCUGUACAGUUCUGUACAGUGGGCUGUACGGGGCAGUGUCUGAUGUUACUUGUCAACACCAUUCCCAUCUUCCAGUGGACACAGGUGAUGCUCUGAAGGCUAUUGCUGUACUGGAAGACAUGGAGAAAUUGAGUUCGAUUGGAGAUGCGAAUGACUCCAACUAUGAAGUCUACACCCGCUUUAUGAAGUCACACAGAUGCUAUGAUCUUGUUCCCACCAGCUCCAAACUUGUGGUAUUUGACACUUCUCUGCAGGUGAAGAAGGCUUUCUUUGCUCUGGUGUCAAACGGAGUCCGUGCUGCACCACUCUGGGACAGCAAAACACAGGGCUUUGUGGGCAUGCUCACAAUCACAGAUUUCAUUAAUAUUUUACACCAAUACUACAAGUCACCACUGGUUCAGAUCUACGAAUUGGAGGAACACAAAAUAGAAACAUGGAGAGAGGUUUACCUCCAAGACUCGUUCAAACCAUUGGUGAGCAUCUCUCCAAAUGCCAGCUUAUACGAUGCAGUUUCAUCGCUGAUCAAGAACAAAAUUCAUCGUCUUCCGGUCAUUGAUCCAUUAACAGGGAACACGCUCUACAUCCUCACACACAAGCGCAUUCUCAAGUUUCUCAAGCUCUUCAUUUCAGAGAUGCCCAAACCUGAUUUUAUGUCCAAAACAUUGGAAGAAUUGAAUAUUGGAACGUACCACAACAUUGCAGUGGUGAACAAAAACACUCCUAUUUAUGUGGCGUUGGGAAUCUUUGUGGAAAAACGGGUGUCUGCGUUGCCUGUGGUGGAUGAAUCUGGACGCGUGGGGGAUAUCUACUCCAAGUUUGAUGUCAUUAACCUGGCAGCAGAAAAGACCUACAACAAUCUGGACAUCACGGUGACCAAAGCAUUGCUGCAUCGCUCCCAGUACUUCGAGGGAGUGCUGAAGUGCUACAAACAUGAAACUCUUGAGACGAUUAUCAACCGACUUGUGGAAGCAGAGGUUCAUCGGUUAGUUGUGGUUGACGACAAUGAUGUAGUGAAUGGGAUUGUCUCGCUCUCUGAUAUUCUACAGGCUCUGGUGUUAACCGUGGGAGGUGAUCUAUCAUCUGAAUCUGAACAGUAAGAGAUGUGUGGACAAAGUGCACCAGUGACAUUUUCUCCACGUAGAGACCUCACCAGCCCGGAAAUCUUGUACCCACGGUUUUUCACCAGCUGACCCAUUAUAUAGAGGAAGAUGCUUGCAACUGCUCACAAUUCCCAUUCUGAUUUUACUUUGCUACACCUCCCUGCUUAAAGCCAUUCACUUUAUCCACCAAAAUGAUACUGCGGGUCAGGUCAAAGGAACCAAGUCUUUAGUUCAUUUAAUUAUCCCAUUCUGCAAAGGUAGGGAGCUUCUAGGAGUGUUUUAGCUGCCUGAUCAUUUCGUUAUCUAAAUGUUACUUUGUUUUAUACUUGGUUUUGUGUUAGAUUUAUAUGUGCUGUAUAGACUAUAAUAAUGCAUUUAUUGUAACCCCAGUUUGAUACAGUGACAUGAUUCUUUUAUUAUUCAUAGGCAUGCGAUAGUGGCUGGCCAAUGCAAACAAUUUAUCAAUGACAGAAUAUAUGAAUACUGUUUAAUAAAUCGUGUCCUCUUUGAUUAUGAUUUUGAGUAAAUCCACCACCCAAAUUAUUAGACUCCAUUUUUUCAAAAAUAUAUAUUUUUGAUGUACCAUUUCCCACAUAACUAAAUGUGGUGUUACCAGCACCAAAACACUGCAAGUAGACUUGCACUGUCUGCACUCCUGGUCGAAACUUGGUUGAUACAAAUGACGUGAAUAUAAUCUGCCCAUUUCUGGAGCCUCCGAGACCAAGUUACAAAUUUAAGAUGAAGCAGAACGUUUCCAUUGUUUGAACGUUAUCAAAUAACAUGGAACUCUCUUUGAACUUGUGUAACGAUGUCACUUGACAUUUGAUGAGUUUUGGAUGGUCUCGUCCAUAAAUGGUCCAAGUUUGGAAGGUGGAGUGAGAAUGAUUUUAACUUUUCAAAAUCUUCAAACAACAACCCAUCAUCAAUUUAAAAAAAGGAUAAAUAUAUUUAACUGAUUCUCAGUAUUUAAACAGCAAAUUGUAUAUUUUUAACAAUGGGGAAAAGGUGAUUACAAGUUCUGCGCUUGACUAUAUUUUGUAGUUCAUUUUUACAAUAUAAUUUUGAUGUUCAUGGAUUUGAGUGUCAGAAUUUUUUUAAAUUUCUAUCAUCAAGACCAAGUCCGAGGGGAGAUUGUUUAGCUGACUCAAUUCCUUGAAUGCUAAAGUCUAAGGGGAAUUAUAAGUCAUAUUGCACAGAAACAGGCCCUUCGGCGCUACUAGCCCAUGCUGAUCAAGCUGCCCCAUCUACACUAGUCCCACCUGCCUGUGUUUGGCCCAUAUCCCUCCAAACUUUACCUAUCCAAAUGAUUUUGAAAUGUCGCUAUUGUAUCUGCCUCAACUACCUCCUCUGGCAGCUUGUUCCAUACACCCACCACUCUGUGUGAAGUGUUAUUUGUCGAAAGAUAUCAAAGUUGUAACGUGUUACAUACUUUAAAUUUUGCAUUGAUCAGAGUUCAAAUCCAGAGGGCGAAUUGUAGGGACCUUACACUACACAGUUUUUAAUUCACUUGCGUGCAAUGUGUGUGGCAGUGUACCUUGCUGAUUUACUUUCCUUCUAAAUAACUGGCAGUUUGCAGAUUAAUGGUUAAUAGCUGGGAGCUGGCCAUUCUAGCACGAAAGCUCCAAUAUUCCAGUUUGAUAAAUUGUAACACAUUGUGGUGAUACAAUUUGGCAGGUUCCUCGUUUCAAAGCUGAUCACAACUACUGUUACGGAAAUUAACUGGUAAAAGAUGUGCCCAAGUUUUGAGAACCAAACUCUGGCAGAGAAAAUUAUCCGUGUGUGUCUUGAGCAAGAGGUUAAGUUUCUGCUGCACAGUCUGAUUUUCAGGCGAGGAGCUUUCAAGUGGAUUUGGAUGAAGAUAGCUUCAGGGCUCUAAGUGGAUUGUCAUUUAAUAGGGUUUUUUUAAAUUCUGCCAUUUCAGUCGUAGACUCAGCAAAUAUGACUCCAGUAAAUUGCAUGAACUUCGAAUAUAAACUUUCAUGAGAUAAUUGGCUGAACAAAAAGGUGCAGUAGUGAAUAAUGAAGAUGAAAAUUCAAAAAUUCAAAAAUAGAUGCAGGAAACCUGAAACAAAAACCGAAAGUGGUGGAGACACUCAUCAGGUCAGACAGCAUCUGUGCAAAUGAGAAAUGAGUUUAAUGUUCCACACCUGUGACCUGUAUUCAGAACUGGAAAAGAGCAAAGAACAAGAGAACAAACUUUUUUUUUUUUUUUUCUUUUUUUUUUUUGCGCGCUUUAGCCUCAAAGAGGAAAGAAACCGAAGGAAUCAUAGCCCGAAUGUUCUUGUUUCCUUGCUCCCACUCCCCUCUCUAUGUGGUGGUGCACAGCCCUUCUUUCCACAGCGCAAAGUCCAUCAGAACUUCACCUAAAUAGUCUUUUUUUGUGCAUAACAUCAUGGUGAGGUUGAUUCUCUACCCUAUCAACAUUCACCUGUUUCCCUCCACAGAUGCUGCCUGACCAGCUGAGUUCCUCCAGCACUUUGUGUUUUACUCAACAUGCAUAGCAUGAGUUCUCCCAACUGUGGGCCUUUGAUAUUGAUCAGAACUGAAAGCCCUGGGGCUUAUGCCUCCUUCCCAACUCCGAUAAUGGAUUUAACUGAGUUGGGAAUUAGGUUAGAUUCAUGAGGGUUUUUUAAAUGAUCAGGUCAUAUAUUUAUAAAGAAGUUGCUGAAAUGUUUUGGAUGAAGAAUACACUCCCUUGUUCUUAAACCUGAGCAGACUGUGCGUAACCCACACCACUUAAUCAUGAAACGUGCUCGCAACAAAUUUUCUUACAGCUGAAACCACACUGGAUGUUCGCCAGCAGCAUUUCUGUGGACAAUGCAGUGAAAAAUAAUGUUUGUCAUUUCAAUAGUUCAGUUGAAGAAUAGAAUAUUGUGUAAAUCUCGGUGCAAAACUGUACAGAAUUAAAAUGGUGGAAAAAGCCCACUGGCCGAGCAGCAUCUGUGGAGAGAGAGAGAGAGAAAAUACGGGAACGUUGUUAUGGGUUGAUGACCUUCCAUUAAGAAUUUGUAGCAUCUUAUUUGUGACAUUUAAGAUCGCAUUUCACAUCCAGAUCUUUGUGGUGCAUUACCAAAUCAUAGUAUCAUAAUAGGGGGGUUUUUUCUUGGAAUUGGAAUUUUUCCAGAAAAGCUGCAAGAGAUUGCAUUGCAAGAAGUGAACUGGACAAAUGUAUCUGGGGAAAAUCAGUGUUUCCAAAUCAGGAGCAUUUCUGUGCACCUCCAUAAACCUGUGCUCCCUUAUUAUUCACCUUUUCAAUGCAGGAUCAGUGUCUCCUGCGGCAUUAGUGUCUGCAGAGAAUGUUAUUUUGGCCUACAAGUGGGAUGAGAUUGGCACACUGGUUGGCUGCAGUAAUGCCCCUGUCCCAUUUAGUAAACCUGAACGGAAACCUCUGGAGACUUUGCGCCCCACCCAAGGUUUCCGUGCGGUUCCCGGAGGUUUUUGUCAGUCUCCCUACCUGCUUCCACUACCUGCAACCUCCGGCAACCACCUGCAACCUCCGGGAACCGCACAGAAACCUUGGGUGGGGCGCAAAGUCUCCAGAGGUUUCCGCUCAGGUUUCCUAAGUGGGACAGGGACAUAAGCACCAUGGAGGGGGCUUGACGAUGGAUCAAUAGUUAAAUGAGACGACUUGUGAGUGAAUGUGUUGACAUUGCCAAACAUCCUGGCCCCCAACAUGGAGCCAGAAAAACAACAUUGGACCCUGAAAUGUAACAGCAAAGUUUGAAGGAAAAGCAAAAUACAAUGGAGACACAAGAAACUGCAGAUGCGGGAAUGUUGAGUAAAACACAAAGUGCUGGAGGAACUCAGCAGGUCGGGCAGCAUCUUUUGAAGGAAUGAACAGGCGAUGUUUCGGGUCAGGACUCGGAUUUGACAAGUCUGAAGAAAGGACCUCGACCCAAAACGCCGCCUAUUCAUUCCCUGCAUGGUUGCUGCCUGACCCGCUGAGUUCCCCCAGCACUUUGUGUUUUGCUCCAGUAUAAUGCAAUGCUCUGUCUUCACCACGAAAAUGAAAUCUCGUAAACAUAAGAAUCGACUUCCCUCUAUCCUUGUGAAAAGCAAGGAAAAAACUGCAGCUGCUGGUAAUGCUGAGCAGGUCUGGCAGCAUCCAUAGUGAGAGAAACAGUUAACACUUUCUCCAUAGAUGCUGCCUGACCUUUUGAGUGUACCCAGCAUUUUCUCUAUGUAUUUUUGCCGUAGAAUUGUGUCAAGAGCUAACUUGCCAACAAUGUGCCAUUUAUUCAUUGCAUGGUAGACGUAUGAUUUUUAUUUUCUGUUUUAAGAACUUUUUUUUUUGUGAUUCGCUCAGUGGUUUUGUAUGAAAUUGAAUGUGUUUUUCUCAUUAAUGUAAUACUGAGUUUUGUUUAGUUUUUUUUAAUUUCCGUGAAAUCAAUGUGAACUUAAAGUGCAGCGGUUAUUUCCUCACAGAAUCAAAAUCAUAUUUAUUCCAACUGUAGUCCAAACCUUUCUUUCGUGGAAAUGUUUAUUCUCCUUUGCCGUUUAGUUGUGAAGAUUUGAAAUCUCAUUUAAAGAGAUAUUAAUUGUAAUAUCCUCAAAACCAUAAUAAAAUGCAUUGAAACGUG